CCUCUUACAAUGUCCUAUUACAUGCCUUUUACAAUUAUGUCCCAUUUUGCUUCCCAUAUUAAAAUUUGCUCUCAUAAUAUCUCUGUGUUCAUUUUCAGAUUUCCAAGACAGAAAUGAGCAGGGAAGGAGAUUGGAUGUGUGCUGCAUGCCAGCACCAAAAUUUCAAGAAACGGGAUGCAUGCCAACGAUGUAGCUGCCCUAAAUAUGCAACAAUGGCUGAUGUUUCCAUGUAUGGUCUAAACAAAACAGAAGUUCUAGCUGGAGACUGGUACUGCAGUGCCAUGAACUGUGGUUCUCACAACUACGCAAGCAGAACAAGCUGCUAUAGAUGCGACGCCUUAAAAAGCGGUAAUUAUAUGGCAUUGACAGGUUAUGGAUAUGAUGCAAGUGCUCGUCCUGGUUGGAAGAGCGGUGAUUGGAUUUGCAGCAGAUUAGGAUGUGGUAUGCACAACUAUGCCAGUAGAGCGGAAUGUUAUAAAUGCAAGACAACUAGAGAUUUUGGUGAGCCAUCUUCCAUGUGUAUCUAGUACUUCAUAGUCAACAUUUUACUUUCCAGCACUAUUUUUCAUCUACUAGUUUCUGUUCAUUUCUCUGUUUUUCAGGAGGUAACCUGAGAGAAAGUGAAUUUUAUUGAGCGACGCGGCGACAUUAAGUUUUUAUUGAAGUUUUACCAGAACUCAUAAUCUGCUUCUUCUGUUUUAUUCCUUUCACUCUUCCUUUUCUUCUUUCUUUAGAUUAAUUCUCAAGGAAGGGUUAGAAUCUCACUGGAUUGCAACUGCAAGUGUUCUAAUGAAUGAAAUCUCUUCAGAUUUUGCAUUCUUUACGUCUUUCAAAUUUCAACGACUGCUUUUCUCAGGGUAGUCCAGUCAAUAAUAUGUAAACUUAACAAUCAAUCAAAGCUGUUUGGGCCUAAUGAGAUAUGCAAAGGCUUAUGUGUCCCUUCGGGCCACUAUUUAGGUCUAUAUACUUGUUAUGUCCCACAUCGGUGGGCAUAAUGUGCUUAUGUGGGUUUAAAUAGCCUUGGGCUCUCCCACCUUAAUGUCUAACUUUUGGGGUGUGAGUUUGGUCCAAGGUUGUUACAAAUGGUAUCAGAGCCACCCACCCUCUUCGUGUUCGUCGUGUCUUGGAUGGUGACGCCGGUAUGGCAGUGUUCGCCCGGGACUAGUAACGUCUUUUGGGGUGUGAGUUAGGUCCAAGGUUGUUACAAUACUUAAUUCACAGCAAGAAAAAAUAGGAGAAAUUGCAGAAGGAUCGGAUAUAAGAUUCAUAGAAUCGUAUAUGAGUGGUUCCAUUCUAAGGGAACCAAAUUAGUUCAUUUAAGCAUCAACUCUCAAUUAUUACACAAAUAAGAACCAGAAGCUUUACUUUUACAUGUACAUGACACUGGUGUGGCAACAUAUUUGGAGAGUCCGAGCAGCAUAAAAAACAAGUAUAGAUAGAGUUACUACAUAUACAAUUUGGAAUCUCUAAGCUCUCCUAAGCUAAAUGCUAGAUUUGAACUUGGAUUUGCUAGUAACAUCAAACAUCUCCACAAAGGCUAGGAAUCUGGUCAAGGAGGAUCUGUAUUUAUUUUGUUAUUGAGACUGAAUUAACUGCAUAUUUACUCUUCGAGUGUCCUAACAAGUACAUACCAAGCGGAGAUAUCUUAUAAUUGGUGGUAUAUGUAGAAAAAUAUGGACUUAAAACCAGACCUCAUUGCUAUUUAUUUUGUAGCUAACUACUUUAAGCAUCAAGAGAUAAAACUAUCUAAUGCUGCUAGAACACACUCUAAAAAAAGAGCGUGUAUAAUUGAAAAAUAUAUUUUAAUAAGAUCCCACAUGGUUAACUAUUCAUUUAAUUAAACAACAAAAAUGGUGCUAAAAUAAUCUGAGAAAACAAUAAAGCAAAGCAUAUUAAAAUAGCAAUGCUAGCUAGAAACAGAUAUUAUCUAUACUAAAAAGAUAUAGAAAAGCGUAAAUACAACAAAUAUCACAAGAUACCAUAUAAUAAUUGCACAAAGAGAGGGA